AUGGCCCCGGCCGGGAGCGCGGGAGACGCCGGCGCCGACCGGGCAGCGCUCACCACCCAAGGCGUUCCGGAGUGCGCGGAGUCCGCCCGGGACUGCUUCCGCCUUCCCGCCCGCGGGCCGGGCCACGCCCUUCCAGGCCACGCCCUUCCCGGCCACGCCCUCCGCACGGCCCCACCCCCAGACUCCCGCCGGCCCCGCCUCAUCUGCUCCGCUUUAGUUCACAGCAUCCGCCUUCGCUCCGCCCCCGGAGUGGCCACGCCCCUGCUCGCUCCGCCCACACCGUACCCACGCCCCCGCUCGCUCCGCCCUCGCCGUGCCCACGCCCCCGCUCGCUCCGCCCUCACCGUGCCCACGCCCCCGCUCGCUCCGCCCCCGCCCACAUCGUGUCCCCGCUUCCUCUGCUCACAUCGUGCCCACGCCCCCGUUCACUCCGCCCCCACCCUCACCGUGCCCACGCCCCCACUCGCUCCGCCCACAUCGUGCCCACGCCCCGCUCGCUCCGCCCCCGCCCUCACCGUGCCCACGCCCCCACUCGCUCCGCCCUCACCGUGCCCACGACCCCGCUCGCUCCGCCCUCACCGUGCCCACGCCCCUGCUCGCUCCGCCCUCACCGUGCCCACGACCCCGCUCGCUCCGCCCUCACCGUGCCCACGACCCCGCUCGCUCCGCCCUCACCGUGCCCACGCCCCUGCUCGCUCCGCCCUCACCGUGCCCACGCCCCUGCUCGCUCCGCCCACAUCGUACCCACGCCACUCCGCCCCGCCCUCGCCGUAUCCACGCCCUUUCGCCCCGCCCCCGGGCGGUGACGCAGCCAGGCCACGCGCCGCUCUGCGCGCUGCUGAUUCACUUCUCCGCCUGGGCCGCCCGGACAGCCCGGCCCGUCUCCAGAAAGGGCGGGAGGAUGCCCCCCCUCUGCGGCCCGUGGAGGGGCGGGCGGAGGGCCCCCCUCUGCGGCCCGUGGAGGGGCGGGCGGAGGGCCCCAGUCUGCGGGCCGGUGGAGGGGCGGGCGGAGGGCCCGUGGAGGGGCGGGCGGAGGGCCCCAGUCUGCGGGCCGGUGGAGGGGCGGGCGGAGGGCCCGUGGAGGGGCGGGCGGAGGGCCCCCGUCUGCGGCCCGUGGAGGGGCGGGCGGAGGGCCCCCGUCUGCGGCCCGUGGAGGGGCGGGCGGAGGGCCCCCGUCUGCGGCCCGUGGAGGGGCGGGCGGAGGGCCCCCGUCUGCGGGCCCGUGGAGGGGCGGGCGGAGGGCCCCCGUCUGCGGCCCGUGGAGGGGCGGGCGGAGGGCCCCCGUCUGCGGGCCGUGGAGGGGCGGGCGGAGGGCCCCCGUCUGCGGGCCGUGGAGGGGCGGGCGGAGGGCCCCCGUCUGCGGGCCGGUGGAGGGGCGGGCGGAGGGCCCCAGUCUGCGGGCCGGUGGAGGGGCGGGCGGAGGGCCCCCGUCUGCGGGCCGGUGGAGGGGCGGGCGGAGGGCCCCCGUCUGCGGGCCCGUGGAGGGGCGGGCGGAGGGCCCCCGUCUGCGGGCUCUCCAGGUGCGGCUGCGUGCGUCCUCCCCGGGCCUCGCUGCGCCUCCGGCGACCCGACCCGACCGCACCAGGGGCCCGCGGACCAACUCCAGUGGGCCCAGUUAAUGGGAGGCGGAGGCGCGCUCACGCGCACACCCCACCCACCCUCCCACCCCACUGCAUCUGGCCAGAUGCAGGGCCAGAUCCUCCCGACCCCAGUUCUGAGCAGGGGCCCGGGAAAGCCAUCCCUGCUCCCACAGAAGAAUCCAGAAAGUGCUGCGUCCUCAAUGCUAAACGGGAAUAG